CUUUGCACCUUGGAGGACGAACGACCCUCACGGUCCGAUCAGAAAUUUGCUAUCCUGCCAUAAUCUCUCGAUUUGCUCCAAUUUCCGAGAUUUGCUUCACACACAGAUCCCGUCCGUCUAGACCGGACGAUCUCCAGUGAGCUACAGUGUCUCUUAUUUAUUGCGUCAAAGAAUCCGAGUGCGUUUUAUGGACCUCGUGGUGUUUGACCGGUCAGUCGUCAGACUAUCGUUUGUUCUCUGAUAGAUCGGAUGUUAGAUCGUCACUGAUGCUCUGCGGGCGAUAAAGGCCGAGGUCGAUAUAAGAUCCUGUCGUUGAGUGUCCCGAUAAAAAGUGUUUACAGUGGAGACAACGGUAGCUGUGACUUUUCCAAAGCAUCCCUUCGCGGUGCCUCUGUUAUGGAAACCUGCGUUCUGAUACCCAAAGAAUUUUCCUUGGCGCUCGCUAACGACCGAUCCUCGUAUAAGGGUCUAUUCAAGAAUGAUUCAGGGAGCCUAGUCACCGAUGUCAGGAUAUCCGUCUGGUCGAAUGUGCUCAUACCUUCAGGAACGUUGAUUUACCCCUUUCAGGGAUCGAUACGGUUCGACAAGAUCGAUCUUUAUUCGCUUCUUGAUGACAAUGAUAUUAGACGUGAAUAUGGCUGCUACGAUGAAGUUUUCUUUUCAAAUUACAACUUCAAUAAGCGUCAGUGUAACUGGAUAAGAUUCCUCCGUAUAGUUCAAUCUUAUGACGAGCAAGUAAAUUUAGUUGGCACUAAAGUGAAAGGGGAUCCAAUAUUUGAAGUAAUAAAAGAUGUUCAACCCGACACGGAAUUAGUAGCUUGGUUUCUUCCUACGGCAGAACAAGAUUUUGUUCUUAUACCACACGACAUGUGUUCGAGGUCGGCUUUGUACAGAUGUACUAUUGAUUCCAUUUUAGAUGAAUCUCCACUAGACUUGUCCAUGGCGUUACUUUCCCAUCAUUCUUCGUCAGCCAUUUCGCACUCGUAUUACGAGAUGGACGAGUACGAAUCAACAUCCGAGGAGUCCUCGUCAUCAACAUUAUCCUUGACGAGCGAUCAUUUGGAUUGCAGCAUCCUGACGACGAUUAAAAGAGGAGAGAGGGUUCUGUUACCCUGUGAAGUCUGCGGGAAAUCCUUCGAUCGACCGUCGCUUUUAAAGCGCCACAUGAGAACGCACACAGGAGAGAAACCGCAUGUUUGUAUGGUGUGCAACAAGGGCUUCUCAACAUCCAGCUCCUUGAAUACGCACAAGAGAAUCCACAGCGGUGAAAAACCCCAUCAAUGCCUUGUUUGCGGUAAGAAGUUUACGGCCUCCUCCAAUCUCUAUUAUCAUCGGAUGACUCACAUAAAGGAAAAGCCACACAAGUGUUCACAAUGCUCCAAGUCGUUCCCCACGCCCGGAGAUCUUAAAAGUCAUAUGUAUGUGCAUAAUGGACUAUGGCCAUUUAGGUGCCAUAUUUGUAGCCGCGGUUUCAGUAAACCUACCAAUCUCAAGAACCACAUGCUACUGCAUCUCGGCAGAUGUUCCAAUAAGAAAAUCGUCAAAUCUAUGUCCGACUACUGAUCGAAUCGAUCGUUCUUCCAAAAAAAAAAUAAACAAUGAAAUCUAUCGACUAUUUUAGUUUCCCUUGGCGGUGAAAACUAAAAUUAUUCCCCUAGAUGUGUCUCACUGUUCGAAGGAAGUCGUACACAAAGUUCGCACGUAGCUUGAUUCACAGUUACAUUUGAAUAUUAAUAUUAUACAACCUUGUGAUUACUUUGUUUUAAUCGGUUUUCACAUUCAGAUAACAUAAUGUACAUUAUUAUUAUUAUUAAUAUUAUUAUUAUUAUAUUUCGAGACUUAUUGCCGCAAAUGUAUUCUAUAUUUUAUUUAGUUCAAUUAAUGAGAUGUAAGUAUUAGAAAAUUUCUUUAUUGUUCCUCGAGUUUGGUUAAUACUGUUUACAAUGUUAUUACGUUAAUCGUUAUGAGGAACGUAUGCGUUAGAAUGGUUAGAGUAAACGGUUGUGAGAGAAAUUACAUGAAUUUCCAAUGAAACGAAUGUUUCUUAUGACACAAGAGAUUGAAGAAAAGAAGUAUUGAGAAAUAAGCCUAGACGCGACAAUCUAUGUUGUCCGCACACGCGUGCAACUAACUACAGGAAUUUCAACGAAAGAAGAAAUAAGUUACCCUUGCAUCGAGUACUCACGAGUUCAUGAAUUUUUCAUCGUACGACUCGAUGAAGAGAUAUAAUUACCUUUUAUUUUACCUCGUUCCGGUAAUGUUUGUUUCCCAAUCACGACAAGUCACGCAUAUACUUCUUCAAUAAAGUCAUUUGAUGUUUAAAAUGGUUUUUAUUCUUACGAACCUGGAUGUAAAAGAAAACCAAUACCUAAAUGAAUAAAAGCUGUUAGAUGAUAUAUUAUUGCUACUGUUACUAUUAUAUUGAUAUUUCUUUGCAACUGAAUUUCAUUAUUUUAAUAUUUCACUUCAUUUAUCUUCCCACCUUUGUGUAUCAUAUUGUAAAAUUUCACUGCUGUUAUUAAAUCAUAAAAAUAUAUCAA